AUGACGAUACUCUACCCCAUGCGCUGCACCGGAACGGCCUCUGUGUUGAUCAGCAUCUGCUACGGGCUGACCUGUCUUGCCGUCCAGUUUCUUGAUGACAGCGUCCUAUUCCUCGACCGGUUCGUUCAGGAAGUAAGUGUUGGACCACUCCGAAUUAUCCUAUUAAGCUACGAUCAGCUGAAAAUUUUGCAUCUGGAGAGGAAGCGUUACGACGAGCAGACAACACCCAAACCUCCGUUUUUCGUGGUCGGCACAGAUGCCACUGGCAAACUGUGCGCUGAAAUGAAAGAUCUGAAGUCAGAAAAGCGCAUUUUUAACUAUACAUUUGUUAAAGAUGUGGCGAUUCCCGGCAGUUCCGAAAACCCAAUGAUAUUCACAUUUGGUGAUAUGAUUACAAACGACAACUCGUGGCUGGGCAUUUCGGUUUUUUAUCAAAAGCUAAAGGCGAUGUUUAUCGAGGAGCAUAAGUAUUGGCCUCCAUUCCAAGGUAUCGUAACGGACUUUUGCUGGGCCCAAAUCAGGGCAAUCGUUGCCCUGAGUUUCGAUUUUUCUAUCGAUGCGCAUUUUCGAAUAAUUUACCGCUACGUCAGAGAGAAUGACGCCGAUGUUAACAAUUUUGUACGGUCGUCAUUCGUGCAGGUUUUUCUCUGCAUCGCUCAUUUAUCUCGCACAUUUCUGAAGGAUGUUGACGCAACGCUGCCGGAUGCCAAGGAUCAAUCCAUCGCCAAGACGUUUUUUGUGACAUUUUGUCAUACAACCGAUUACGACGAGCUGCUAGAAACGUUAAAACUGAUGUGCAGAUUUUUUUUGGUAGAUGAAGAACCCGUCCGGCUUGAAAUACUCAAGAAAUUGGGUCAUCGAGACUUUGAACAACCCACAAAUCGAGAGAAUUUGGACGACUACACGGACGAAGAGUGUAUAUACAAGAGCUCGCCGUUCUACCAGGACGGGUUUAAGAUAUACCAAAAGGAACUCAAGAAGAGCUUCAGGCGAUCGCACCACCAGCCCAUCACGACCAACGAUCCGCAGCAAGACAAAUAUAACGCAGGGAACGCUGAAAAACGAACAACCGAAAGCUCCACUGUCAAAACCAUCACCAUCCUCUGCAAUUGUGACGAAUGA